GAUCACCAGUGAGAGGCACUCUAAGAUUCUUCCUGUGUCCUAUAUAUAAGCUAAGCCCUAAAUUGUCAUUUAAAUCAUCCGUUUCACCUCUACAGGACGCUUACCAACCUCACACAUCAUGGAUGAUAUUUACAAAGCAGCUGUUGAGCAACUUACAGAGGAGCAGAAAAAUGAAUUCAGAGCAGCCUUUGACAUCUUUGUUCAAGGCGCAGAAGAUGGAUGCAUCAGUACAAAGGAGCUGGGGAAAGUAAUGAGAAUGCUUGGCCAGAGCCCAACCCCUGAGGAGCUACAGGAGAUGAUAGAUGAGGUGGAUGAAGAUGGUAGUGGAACUGUAGACUUUGAUGAGUUCUUGGUUAUGAUGGUCCGGUGUAUGAAAGAUGACAGCAAAGGAAAAUCAGAAGAGGAAUUAGCAGACCUUUUCCGCAUGUUUGACAAGAAUGCAGAUGGAUAUAUUGACCUAGAGGAGCUGAAAAACAUGUUAGAAGCAACUGGUGAAACAAUCACAGAUGAUGAUCUUGAGGAACUCAUGAGAGAUGGGGAUAAAAAUAAUGAUGACAGAAUUGAUUAUGAUGAAUUCCUGGAGUUUAUGAAAGGUGUGGAAUAAACGAAGAUUACGUCUGACCAUCCCCUGAUUCCCUUAAUUAAAUAAUAAGUAUAUUUUCAACACAAUUGAAAAAAAUAUAUAUUCUCAUGAAAUUAAAGAAAAGACAUUUUUGCACCAAAAAA